AUGCACGCUAGCACCAUCAUCCUCGGUCUCGUUGGCCUCGCCAGUGCCCAGACACUGAACAUUCCCUCUCGGGUGGGCAGCAUUGUCUCUUUGCCUUCUCCCAGCGUGAUCAAGGGCAAUGUUGAUCUGGGCAACCGGGAGUACGACCGUGGUCGUCCUUGCAACAGUGACAAGGAUACCGGCUCCGUUAGUGCCGUGUUUGUCCUGGAGAACGGAGCAUCCCUGAGCAACGUGAUCAUUGGAGCGAACCAGCUCGAGGGCAUCCACUGCAAGGGAUCCUGCACUCUGACCAACGUCUGGUUCCGUGAUGUCUGCGAGGAUGCCAUUUCCAUCAUCGGAAGCGGAGAUGCUCUCAUCAAGGGCGGAGGUGCCCAGGAGGCUAAGGACAAGGUUGUGCAGCACAAUGGUGUCGGAACCGUCACCAUUGAUGGAUUUACCAUUGUGAACUCGGGCAAGCUGUACCGGUCAUGCGGUAACUGCACCGGCAACAAGAGCAAGAGCCCACGUAAGGUCGUGGUCAAGAACGUCAAGGCCAGCAAUGUGCCUACCUUGGUAGGAAUCAACUCCAACUACGGCGAUGUGGCUGAAGUCAGCGGCACCUGUGGAUCCAACGUCAAGCACGUCUGCGAGGAGUUCCAGGGAGUGGACAAGUCAGAGGGCAAGGAGAGCCCGAAGCUGACAUCUACUGCUUCCUGCAAGGGACAGUCGUCUCUUCCUUCUUGCUAA